AUGGUCGAAUCUCAGCUCCAACGGUGGACGGCAGCCUUAGACACGACCCUGCUGGAUCAGAUGGCUGCUCUGAAUAGCAAUGAAUUUCAAGCGCUAGAUGCGGCAAGUGAUGAUAGCGACUGGCUUAAUCUGCAGGAAGAGAGGCUUGAGUGGAUCCGGUUCAGCGAGUACAGUACUCUAAUUCAGGGCAUUGAACAUAUCAAGGCCAGGACACUUACUGUGAUCAUGAGCGGGGUGCCUCGACCGACUCCACGGCCUGAAAAGAAGGAAGAGGCACGGAUAACGUGGAUCAGGGUUCAUCGAGAUUAUGUUCUUCCGAAAACACUCGAAGCGUUCGGAUUGCCAUGGGAUUGGGAUGAGGAUACCAACUACAGCAUCAUCAAGAAAUGGAUCGCCCAUGAUUUCCAAGACGAGCCUUUUGCUCAUACCCGACGAUUACAGGAUGAAAUACCAGUACAGGCCCCACCCACUUACCGAAAGAAAGAUAGAAUGUUUCUCAUCCGCAAGCGGUCUCCUGCACGAGUCAGGCUUUUUGACUCUGAGAGGGAAUCUGAGACGAUCCUCGAUCGAAAGAAGGCGGAUGAUGGAAAUGAAGAGAAGGGAGAAGCGAUGGACGAGAUGGAAGAGAAAAGUCAACAGGCCGAAAACGAAACAGAUGACGGCGAGUAUGAUGAGGCAUCAGAGAGCGGUGAUGCAGAAGGCAUUGUCGAUGCUCUAUUGGCCAGAUAUACUGUGUGA